AUGAUUGAGAAAAUGUUAGUUAGGGCGGCGUGGGUAGAAGAGGGCAACGCUCGCGCAAAUCCUGAAUUGAACUUCGCACCUAGCCUUAGACAUGGUGUUGAACGAGUUCUUGAAAUGUUCAAUGAGCCCCCAUUAGGGCAUCUCUCAAAGGCAGAGCUCGAGUGUGAAUUCAAUGACCCUUCUCGGAAUCUUAGCUCCCAGACCACUCAGAGACUGGUCUUUACCCUGUUGAAAGCCCAUGUCCUUGCACUCACCGAAUCUGACCACCCCUGCUCUAUACCAUCCAUCAACUCUCUUCUGGACUUGGAAGAAAUUUUGGCUUCUAAGAAUGAAGACCCGUCCGUUGGUCUUUUAAGCUUACUCCGCCAGGGCGGCACUCUUGUGAGGACCCUACAAAGUACAGUGGGUAAAAGACGUCUUUUCGUGACAAAGGAACGCUUCCUCGGCCUAGGCCCUGCUGGCAUGGAGGAAGAAGACGACAUCUGGGUUCUACCAGGUGCUGGUGCAGCCUUUGUAUUGAGGAAAAUGGUAAGUGGCGCAGCUGAAGGCCAUCCCAAGUACAAAUUCAUCGGCGAGGCGUACAUACAUGGUGUUAUGGACGGUGAAGCGGCGGAGGGACGGGAGGAUGAGGUGACAACUAUCUCGUUGGUAUAG